AUGCCUGGAAAAGAUGCUAGCCAAGAAAGUAUAACGGUAUCAGAUGCUUCUUCCUUUGACUGGGCUUCUGAUACCCGAAAUCCACACAAUUGGUCUAGGGCGAAAAAAGCGUUUGUCUUUCUGACCACAAUGCUGGUUGUUCUCAACAGCAGUAUGGGGAGCUCAUUGACUGGUAACGCCAUUCAAUCAAUCACCAAGGAAUUUGGUGUGGAGUCUCAAUUGCAAAAAGCGUUGCCAAUGUCUAUAUUUCUAGUCGGUCCAAUUGUAUGGGCGCCACUCAGUGAAGAGUUUGGACGUCGAUUAAUUGCUAUUACGACUUUUCCCCUCUUUACAAUAUUCACAAUGGCUUGCGCGUUAGCCCCUACGUGGGCGUCACUUUUGGUAUUUAGGCUUUUUACGGGAAUCUUUGGAAGCGCAAUCGUCGCACUCGGUCCUGGCAUUCUAGCGGAUAUUUACCGGGAUCCGAAGGCUAGAGGUUGGAGCAUAGCGGUCUUCAUGGCAGUAACCGGCUUUGGCCCCAUGCUCGGGCCUAUCGUGUCAGGAUUUACCUCGCCAGCCUUAGGUUGGCGCUGGUCUUUCUGGGUUGCCCUAAUAUUUGCAGGGGUAACACACAUUUUCGUCGUAUUUUUUCCAGAAACAUAUGGCAAAUCCAUUGCGGCUAAAUACACUCCUGAGAAUUUGAUGAUUUCUCAGCCGACACCCACCAACAAACAACACCGAUCAUGGAGGCAUAUUCUCAGUGAUGUACUGCUACGUCCUCUGCAUCUUCUAGUCACGGAACCCAUUGUCACCGCCUGCUCUAUGUACUUAGCCCUGUGCUAUUCCAUUUUCUAUAUGUCAUUCCAGGUCUUCCCGGAAGUUUUCCAACAUCUUUACGGUCUAUCGCCAGGUCAAUGUGGAUUGGUCCAGUUGACAAUCGGUGCCGGCUGCGUGUUGAGUCUGCCGAUAUAUUGGAUGUAUGAGCAAAUCUUGCGCCGGGUGGUCCAGAGUUCCUCUGGAAAACUGAAGCAAGAGUACUACCGUCUACCACUUGCCUGCUUAGGUGGUCCAUUAUUUGUGAUCUCCCUCUUCUGGCUGGGUUGGUCUUCUCGUCUCGAUGUCCCGUUCGCAGUACCCAUGUUAGCUGGUAUUCCUUUUGGAAUGGGCUUUAUGUGUAUCUUCAUUGCUAUUCUAAACUACGUGACCGACGCAUAUCAGGUGUUUGCAGCGUCGGCCAAUGCAGCUUCAAGUUGCAGUCGCUCAUUCCUUGCCACUUUUCUUCCCCUGGCAAGUUAUCCGAUGCUAUCACAUCUAGGAAUUGCAGGGACUUGCAGUCUCUUAGGCGGGCUCAGUGCACUAAUGUCUGUGAUUCCCUUCAUCUUGAUAUGGAAAGGCGAGGUCAUCCGUUCGCGGUCGCACUUCUGUAAUACCUUAAAGGAUCAGCAUAAAACUACGAGGGAGUCGCCAAGUCCAGUGGUUGGGGAACCAUGA